AUGGAAACCGCGCAGCAGACACCCACCCCCGGUUCGCUAAGCUGGAGACUCAGCAGCCAUCCUAUCACAUUGAUUACCUUCCUCUUCUUUAGAAUAUCGUCCCUACUAGUCUACCUCCUCGGCCUUCGUCUCCUGACCUCCAACUUCGUCCUCAUAUUCAUCAUCACCAUCCUCCUCCUCGCCAUCGACUUUUAUUACCUCAAGAACAUUGCUGGGCGCCGCCUGGUCGGGCUACGCUGGUGGAACGAAGUCGACGCCAACACUGGAGACGGGCGAUGGGUGUUUGAGAGCGCAGAUCCAGAGACAAGGGAGAUUAAUGCGACGGACAAGAGGUUCUUUUGGCUGGCACUUUAUGCGCAACCGGUAUUGUGGGUGGUGCUCGCAGUUGUCGCGUUGGUGAGCUUGGAAUUCAUUUGGCUGACAUUAGUUGAGAAGCGGACAAGAGAAAAGGUCAUGGGAUUGAUUUCAUCGAGACUAGGGUCUGGUGGGAAAUGGGAGCUAAGAGUCCAUGCAGUCAUCGCCCUCGUCCUCACCAUCACGAAUACGCUCGCCUUCUCGAGAUGCGAUAAGUUUAGCCAAGCAACCGGCUUUGCGUCGAACGCUAUGUACGGAUCUGGGCUUGCCAGGAACCUUGCAGGUGGCAUGAUUGGCAGCUGGUUCAGACGAUAA